AUGUCCUUUAUUCGAAGCUCACUGCCCAUUGUAUCGGUGUUUUCUGCAAACACCAAUGUGGGUAAAACCAUUGCUUCGACUGUUUUAUGUCGAGGUGCUAAUGCUGUAUUAGGUCGUCACCAGCAAUCCCAAAUGAUGGCAGAAACUGGAUUGAAUUCUUCAGUUUUGUAUCUUAAACCGGUUCAAACUGGAUACCCAAUAGACUCUGACUCUAGGAAAGAUCAUAUUACAUUCUGUCCUGGUAUUCGAUCAGAAACUCUUAUUACUUAUACUGAGCCUGCUAGUCCUCACUUGACGGCUAUUCAAGAAAAUCGCAUCAUUUCGGACGACAAUCUACGUCAACGCAUCAUGGCUGCGAUUGAGGCGUUUAGUGAAUCUCUUGGUGGUCAAACUGGGUUUUCUUUGAUAGAAACUGCUGGAGGAGUUCAUAGUCCAACCAUAUCAGGAUCACUUCAAGCAGAUUUGUAUCGCACGUUUAGAUUUCCGGUUAUCCUUGUAGGCGAUUCUCAACUGGGCGGCAUCUCAACUACCCUUACAUCGUAUGAAUCACUUUUGAUGAGAGGAUUUGAUGUGCCAUGUGUUGUGAUGUUUGAUAAUCCAAAAUACAGCAAUCACACUAUUGUUCGAUCCAAUCUUGAAAAGAAUACAACUCUAUUUACCAUACCAGCUCCUCCCCCUCUUUCAAUCCAUGAUACUGCAUUUGGUAGUUCAGCCGAUGUAUCCAACAUGAAAGCAUACUACGGGUCUGUCAAUGAUCAAGCGACAGACAUUGCAAAGUAUGUGUUGGAUACGCAUGCUACACAAAUUAAACGUGUCAACGAUCUAUCCCAUAAAAGUAUAUCCAAACUUUGGUGGCCAUUUACGCAGCACGGAACCACUUCAACUGCAAUGGUGAUUGACUCGGCUUUGGGUGAUGACUUUACUGUGUUUGAUCCAACACUACAACGAUCGCGACAGUUGUUUGAUUCUUGUGGAAGUUGGUGGACUCAAGGUGUUGGCCAUGGUAACGUUCAUUUGGCAAAAGCAGCAGCUUAUGCAGCAGGACGAUACGGACACGUUAUUUUUCCCGAAAACGUGCAUGAGCCUGCUUUACAUCUAGCCGAUCGUCUGCUGGAAACCGCUGGUAAAGGAUGGGCAUCUAGAGUAUUUUACACCGAUAAUGGAUCCACAGCAACUGAAGUGGCAUUGAAAAUGGCGUUUAAGAAAACCACUACGCAGCACAACUUGAUUAAACCUAAAUUGGAUGUGGUUGGACUGAAUGGGUCGUAUCAUGGGGAUACAAUUGGUGCCAUGAGUGCUUCUGAUCCCAACGUGUACAACGAACAAGCAGACUGGUAUAUAGGACGCGGUGUUUGGUUUGAACCACCUACGGUUGUGCUGAAGCAUGGAAAAUACAUUGUGCGAUUACCCGAGAGUGUUACUAUACUGGCCAAACAAUAUGGAUGGACUGAGGAUCUGAUCAGAGUGUCACUGGAAAAUCGCGACCAAAUAUUCGAUAUUCAACGUGAUGAAUCCAAACUUGCACAACUAUAUCAAGCAUGGAUUGAAACAACGUUGGGUGAAGCCGAAAAAAAUGGACAUGUGCUUGGCGCUUUAAUCAUUGAACCAGUAUUGAUGGGUGCAGGCGGUAUGAUGUGGGUAGAUCCGCUUUUCCAUCGCCAACUGGUGAAUAGUGUUCGAAAUAGGAACUCGUGUGCGCCAAUGCCUGUGAUUUAUGAUGAGGUGUUUGUUGGUAUGCAUCGAUUGGGCUUUGCUAGUGCUGGCGUGUCGCUUCUACAUGUUGAGCCAGAUAUUGCGUGUUACGCAAAGUGUCUUACAGGAAUUGUUCCCAUGGCUGUGACACUGGCUCGAGAAACAGUGUUUGAUGCAUUUAAAGGAGAAAGCAAGAUACAAGCCUUAUUGCAUGGCCAUUCUUUUACUGCUCAUCCAGUUGGGUGUCAAGUGGCUGUCCGUAGCAUCGAAUUAUUGGAAAGCCUCAAAGAGAAAAGGGUAAACUGUACUGAUUCUGCUGCUUCGCGAUCGGAACAUCAACAGUAUGUGACGUGUGUAUGGGAUGGAGAUCUUUUGGACAAGAUUGCUGCACUUUCUAUUGUGGAUGGUAUUGUUCCUCUUGGAACGGUAUUGGCCAUUGAGCUUGCAACAACUGAAAAAGGUUAUGCAUCUCAGGCAUCUAUAGACAUUAUCCGUGCACUCAGGACAGAGCAAGGAGGCAACAUCUUUGCACGUCCAUUAGGAAACGUCAUCUAUUUUAUGGCAACACAAGAAACUCCAACUGACCGUAUUCAACAGGUUUUGAACAAGGUUUAUAAUCAGCUUGUUCAGUUGAAGUAAACCUUGCUACAGGGACUUGAAUCAAUUGCUCAAGACACUAAACCUCUCUCAAUGCAACUGCAGACUUUAUCUACCAUCCGAUCAACACCCUUCACAGAAAACUACAAGUAAAUAAAAAUGCUGGUGCUU